GGUUUCGCUGCCAGGGGGCGUCACUGAGCAGCUCAGGCAGGUGGAACAAGCCCCUUCAGUUUCAGUGUGGUGAGCCUGCUGCACAAGACGCAGCGAGGCGCACUGAAGUGCAGGUGGAGCAGCGGAAGUGUGUCCAAACACCACGAAACACACAGGAAAAACAAUUUUACUGUUCGAGCUUCUUUUUGUGGUUCGUGAAGUGAAGGCGAGCGGAGUCGCCGGUGGGAUCCGCGAUGUCCGGCGCAGUUUGUGGGCGGGAUGGGAAGAGCAGAGGAGGCUUUAAAUCAAGACGCUCAAACCUCGCUGGUGUGUGUUAAUUGCUACCUGAACGCAGUUGAGCAGCAGUUGAGGGUCGAGGAGAGGGUUUGGUGUCAACUUUAAAAACAAACAAGAAAGAAACCUCCUGUCCGCUGGAGAAGACGGUGGAUGUUGCGCCAUGGGCAUGAAGACAAGACUUCGGGCCAUGCUGAUGUUAAUAUGGAUUUGUCAAGGUGACGCCCAGGCGGUGGAGAUUCCCAGAGGGGAGAUGGAGGUGGUCAAGGGCCAAAUGGUGGUGCUGCAUGCCUGGUACAGCCCCAACUCGGACAUUUCCAAAAACUCUGUCACUUGGCAAUUCUUUGGAAAUGGAUCCAAGCCGGUGAUAAACUUCAGCUCAGGUCAGGUCGGGUAUGGCCAGAAUGAGUUCACCAAAAGAGUGGGCUUCAGUGUGUCCAUGCCAUCAGCCAACCUCUCCUUCUACAUCAACAACACCCAGGAGUCUGACUCAGGACUCUAUGUCUGCAUCGUCAUCAUCCCCGGAGCUCCUGCCAUCUCCGGAGAGAUACGCCUUAAUGUCAAAGUCCCUCCUUCUCCACCCGUGUGCACCAUGACAGGGAACCCGGUGGUGAAGGGCAACGUGACUCUGAGCUGCAAGUCCAGUCAUGGAAAACCUGUCCCUCAGUACAAAUGGACCAAGGCUGCACCCAUGUCUGAGGUCUUCUUCUCCCCAAUGCAGAAUGAGAGACACGGCACCCUCAGGCUCAGCAACCUCACUAAAAGCAUGUCAGGGAAGUACAUCUGCCGAGCCAGCAACACUGCUGGCUCCGACAGCUGCUCCAUUAACCUGGAGGUUAUCACCUCUUCCAAUGCAGGCGUGAUCGCAGCGGCUACACUGGGGUCGAUAGUGGGACUGAUGGCCAUGGUGCUCUUCCUUAUAUUCAUACUGAGAAGGAGGCGGGACACUGAGGAGGAGAUAGCCAAUGAGAUCAAGGAGGACGCUCAGGCACCAAAGCGAGUGUCUUGGGCAAAGAGUAACACCGGCUCAGACAUUGUGUCCAAAAACGGCACGCUGUCCUCCAUAGCCACCAGCCCUCGUCCCCGAGACCCCCACCAGCCGAACUUCCACUACCCGUACUCCCCCACAUCGGCUUCAGACAGCUCGGUCAUCAACGCCUACCAGCUGCGACCCGGAGAAGCCAACACGUUACAGGGACUUCCUGGUUACAACAUCGGAGGCACCCCGUCGCGAAAACACAGGCGACCCGCCAGUACAAACGGAGGCCCUCCGCAGGUCCUGAAGAGCCCCGCGGUCGCCAUCCCCAACAGGACUGAGGGGGCUCAGCCUCAGAUGCCACCCCCACUCACUGUGUCACCACAAAUCAGCUCCUCCACUCUGACACGCAUGGGAGCUGUCGCGGUCAUGGUGCCUGCUCAAAGCCAAGCAGGCUCACUGGUCUGACCAGCAGAAGCAUCUCGGUAGGGAAUUAAAGGACAGCGGUUAUGGAUGGGGAGAAAAGUAUGCCUUGAAAUGGAGAAGAACUUCCUCCACGAAGACCUGAGAGGUAGGGAGGAGGGAAAACGUCUCAGAAGGUGGUUUGUGCUCCUAUUGCACAAAAUCUCCCUUCAGAUUGUAAAUUUAGUCCAGUGUUAAGUUUCUUUUUGUAUGCUGCGUAUCUGGCUCGCUAAAGAGAAGUAUAUUUUUAUUGACACGCUUCUAAAGAGAUCUUCAAAAUGGUGUCCGAUGGCGUUCAGAUUUGCUUGGCGGCAUAAGCAUAUAAAGCCAGUUAUUUCGAGUGUUCAUGCGGUGUGUCUGGAUAUGGUAAACCACAGUGAGCAGUUCAGUCAGCUUAGAGUUUUGCACUUCUUGGUAAAAUAUGACAUUUUGGCUAUAUUUGUAUCAUCCAUGGGCACUUCACGACUUCACGUCCUCACUGCACGUCGCUGUGUGAGGAUCACUUCUGGUCACGUCUCUCAGGCUAACUGCACUAGUUAAGAGCAAAAACCCAGCAAAGUCACAAGUCAGGUAUUUCAACGUUAUCUUCAAAAUGUCUCGCUUUCUUUGAACCGCGUUUACUGGUGUUCACAUGGAGGUGUUUUUUGUUUUGUUUGUUUUUUUUUAAAUUCAACUUACUGGGAUAAUGUCAGUGUCUGCUGAGAGUACGUACUUUAUGAGUAUAUUGCCUGUUAUGGUAGAUGGAAUAUAACCAAACUAGUGUAUACAACAUUGUUGAAGUUGAUGGUUUCUGACUAUUUUGUUCAAAGGUGCUUUGUAUAACUCGAUAUAAUUAAACAAGCGGUCACUGAUUUGUUUUAUUGUAAGUACACUAAACUUGGUGACGUGUUGACUCCGAAUGGCAACAUGUAGCACUUUGACUGCUUGUUGACAGUUUUUUGUUUUGUUUGUUUGUUUUUUUUGUUUUGAAAGAAGUGUCGUGGAGUGUUUGAUUUCAGCAUGAAUGACUCCUACAAACUUAUUAUUACUCAUACAAACCAUUCAUAGAUAAUGUAAAUAACAGCUCCCUAUUGGGUGCCAAUAAAAAGGAUGAUUUCUUGUA